CAUCAAACAGCCGAACCCCAAAUCUUUGUCAGCCGACUUCCUUUUCUCACAAUCCACAUCUUCACGAAGAUAGAAAACAACAUCACACAAAGGAAAACCACCUUUUUUUGCAAAAGCAUUUCGAAAUCCACCAUGGGCGCCAACAACAGUAAGAUUUCCGACGGCGAACGCAAAGAGAUUGCGGGUCGCGGUCAGCAACUUCAAUUCAAGUUCAACUUUUGGCCUGAGCCCAUCCGCAAAGCUGGGACAACCCACAGCAGCAAGGAGCAUGCUGCUGAUUUGGCCAAGGCGGUGACAGAAGCAUGUGGAUCAUCAUUGUCGCCUUCAGGCCAUGCCUUGGACACGAUGGUGGCGGCCAUUAGUGCCGAAGCAAAUGGCGACGGUCGCUUGUUCUUGUACGGGAUGGCUCAUUUCCCAGAUUCCACUGGGGAUGAACGUCGCGCGGAAGCCUUGGCUGUCACCUUCGACAAGGACAGCAAUGUGAACGGUGUAGUCCGCUACACGGAUUAUUUCUCGAAGGAUUCCCCGGUGCUCAAGAAUUCGGCGCCUCUUUCCAGCGAGGAACACAAGAAUGCGUCGACGCUCAAGGCGGAAUUGACAUCAGCUCCUGACACGCCCAAUGAUGAUGCCCGCAAAGUUCGCAUGCAAAAGGCUGUCGGUGAGCUCUUGUCCAAGUGGAAGGAUUCUCCCGAUAGUUCCUUGAAGUCUCGCUUGUCCAAGUUGCCUUGGGCUCGUACCUGUGCAGGGGAUGCUUUGGAGGCAGCCGUCAAGAAGUACUGCAGUGAAGACUGUACCUUGUCCAUGCCCCUUCAGCAGAUCACCAUGAAGGCCAGUGAUUUGGCUCCUCAGUGGAGGGCCCGUCUCAAGGGAGAAGGUCCUUUUGUCAGCUUUGGACAAACCGAGGUCUUUGUCACCAGUGAAGCUUACGCCGGUCACCACCCCAUUGGUUUUGCCCAGUUUGUCAUGUACAGCGCCAGUGACAAGACUGGCCAGCACCACGCUAGCAACGGCAUUUUGGUGGCUGAAUUCGACGAUGAAGGCAACAAGAUUGUCAAGUUGAUCAUGUUCCGUGACUUUGUCUGCAAUGCUGAAAUGAAGACGGUUGUUAUUCCCACCAUUGAUGUUUGAUUGCUUAGUAGAGGAACUGCGUGAAAGCAAACAACGAAUCUGGUGCAAAGAGUGAGACGAUAGUGAAUGGUACAUUAAAAAAAAUCUGCAAUAAUCAUCAAGAAGGCAAACAACAACAAUAAUCAUCAAGAAGGCAGACAGCAAUAAAAAUAGUCCAUACAUGUCAUUGGAAGCGUA